AUGUACAAAGUUGACUUGGCUAGAACUGGAAUACUGUUACUUACAAUAUAUUCCAGAGGAAUUAGAAAAGUCAAAGUAAUGGAUAACAAAAAAGAACCUCCAUUCUUCAAUGAAGAUAAUGUGGGACCACUUUACUACAAACUUUCUUUCUAUGAUACCAUGGAGCUCUUCAUUGAAACAUUGACGGGAACAUGUUUUGAGUUGAGAGUUUCACCUUUUGAAGCUGUCAUUUCUGUGAAAGCGAAAAUUCAAAGACUGGAAGGUAUUCCCAUCUGUCAGCAGCACUUAAUUUGGAAUAACAUGGAACUUGAAGAUGAUUAUUGCUUGAAUGAUUACAACAUUUCAGAAGGUUGUACCUUGAAGUUGGUAUUGGCUAUGCGUGGUGGACCUAUAAACACUAGAAGAGUUCCUAUGGAAGAUCCACUUAGGGAGAUGGCUGAGUAUAUGGAUUCCAGUCGAGAUGAGGUCUGGGAGAAGGCCUCUUGCAACAAACAAGUCACAUUUUUGGUAUACCGAGAAGGAGACCAGUUGAAUUUCUUUCGAGUCGUAGAUAGGGGAGAUGGCACUUUAACACCAUUAUCUGAAUCUUUAAGGUAAAUAUAUCACUUAAAUUUACUACGCAGGAGGGGAAGGCCCUCUGUGAGUGGUGGUUCUGUGUAUAAUUUGUAUAUGGAUGAGGAUGAAGAAAUUGAGCCUUCUCCUUCUGGACAACAGAUAAUCGAAAAUUCAGUAACUAUGAAUAAGAUGAAGCUCCUGAAGGCUAAGAUGGAGAACAUGAAUCUCAGCAAAAAGCCUAAGAAAACUGUCAAGGUAAAACCUCAUCCACCUAUGGGUCCUCGACCUUCUGGUGGUUCCACUGCAGCAGCUCACCACAGAUUGCUGAAGGUUCUCCCCCACAUUGGGCAGUCUUGCUUAUCUUCUUCUGGAAAUGCACAUGUACCUGCAACUCCCAAGAAUGCACCUUCAAAUUUGGCAGCUCUGCUCCCUGCUGAUAGAUCCUUACCAUCUAUCACUAGUGUUAUUCUCAAGGAGGAUAAUAACUGGGAGAGUAACAGAGUGUCUCAUUACAAUAAUAACAUCAAACUACCAUCUCAGAUAUCUCACGUGAAGGUAAAAAAUGACGAAGAGCUUACUGAGUCUGCCAUCCAUAGUGGAUCGUCCAUGCCGAGGCGGACAGAAAACUUUUCAGGAAGAUUGACAUCUAACCAUGAAGACAAUACUGUCUUAUUUCCAGAGCAGUGUGUUCCUGAAGAAUCCCCUCGACCUAAAGUGGGUUCAGUUGCUUCGUUAUCAGAAGGGAAUUCUGAUGAACGGAGAAGUGGCUUAGAAGGUCUACAGAAGGUAAAUCCAGACUUCUUACUCACAAAUGGAGAAAAAGGGCUGAAAACUACAGAACAGUGCCUUAAACAGGUUACAAAACCGCUGAGUGGGGAGGCUGUAGAAACUACACCUCUUAACCAUCGUGAAUUAAAUCCUUACAAAAAAAGACUCUUGUCUCCCCUUCCCUGUUCUGUGCCAAUGUCACUAACAAAUUCUCUGGUGAAACCACAGAGACAGUCCAAACAUUUUGAGUCUGAGCGUCUCCAAUCUUCUCCACAAAAUAUGCCCCAAUCAUUGGCCAUUCAUAAUAUAAAUGACUCGCCUUUCUCUAGGACUACUUGCUUUCGAGGUGUUAAAGUUGAUUCACCUGGAAAAAGAUCUGAUAUUAUUUCUAAAGUUGAGGUGCAAGAUACCACAGAAAUGGCUAACAAAGCUUCGAAAGAGCCUGUUGGUUGUGUAAAUAAUACAGGUUUUCUAACUUCACUGGCCCGGAGCUCAAGCGGAGACAGUUUACAGAACACAUACGGAACAGGCAAACCUCGGGCUUCUGGAAUUGGGUUCUCUACAAACCUCCAGCAUUUUCAGGAAGAAAGACAUAGAAAAAGCUCUCCCCAGUUAGAGUCUACAGAUUUUUUCCUAUCAGCCCGUGGUAUUGGAAUAAGUGGAAAUAAUGCAACAGCAGGAAAAAGAAUAGGGGAAUGUGCUCAUCACCUCCCACCUGUGAAAACCUCUAUUCAAACAAAGAAGAAAACAGCAAAGCGUUGUUUUAUUUGUGGAAAGAAAACAGGACUCGCUACUAGCUACAAAUGCAGAUGUGGAAACAACUUCUGUGCAUCUCAUCGCUAUGCAGAGACCCACAACUGCACCUAUGAUUACAAGAGUUCAGGAAGGAGAUACUUGCAGGAAGCAAAUCCUGUUGUUAAUGCACCAAAACUUCCAAAAAUCUAA